AUGGUCGGUCUUUUCAGUUGUGGCCUGAACUUAGAGUUGCCCAUGGUAAUGUUGUGGUUGGCAUCAGUCGUUGAUGGCUCCGUCUUUCUUCCAAGAUUCACCAAUGAUUCCUGUUCGGCGGAUUGUACCGCUUUCGACAUCAUACAAAGAUAUUACUGGCAGAAACAAGAGGUCACGUCGACGGUGACGGCGGCGACUCUCAUCUACAUCAUCGAUGAUAGGACGAACACGACACGAACGUCAACAAAAACGAACGAACUGCCCGCAGGCGUGACGCCACCUCCUGUCAAUGCGAAAGGCACGCACGUAACCACGUUCAUGGUAGAAACAGCCCGGGGCGAGAGCUCCGAGGUGAUUUUGGCUUAUCCGACGGAAUUCACUCGAUAUCCUAUUGACUACGGGUGGUUUGGCACACUUCCGACCAUCGACGCAAAUGGCCAGUCCACGUGCUCCAUCGUGGACCCGUCGAAAUCGACGCAAUAUGUGGACUACAGCGCGUACGCGACGCCUGUCCAGUCGGGCGUCGAUACUGUGGAUCCCGCAGAUCCAACGGGUUUCAUUUACAGCCUCAUGGGAUACGGUUGCUACGAAGCGGCAGACCCGACGAUCAAUCCAAACGAUGCGGCCCCGAAGUCUUGCGGGUCGAUGAACUUGUGUGGCGUCAGCGCUCUCUCGACUGUACAGUUCCUGACUGAAACAUCUACUUCUCAUGAGUCUUCCACGCCGGAUCCAACGCCGCCGCCAAGGGACACGACGCCUGCUCAGCCCCAGCAGGCACCGACUCCACCUCCUGCGAGUGCUGCUGGAGCUGGCGGGAACAACAACAACAACAACAACAACAACAACAACAACAACAGCCCGAUACCGCAGCCGACACCUCAGCCAACAAAUGUUAACGCGCAGCAGCCCCCAGCUCAGCAACAAACACCAGCACCAAUCGUCGUCGGUUCGCAGACGAUAUCCGCCAAUGCUCAGUCGAACUUCGUGAUUGCAGGACAAACCCUCACGCAGGGUGGUCAGGUUGUCGCGGGAGGGACCACCAUUUCACUCGCGCAAGGCGGAUCAGUAGCCGUCAUCAACGGGGCCACACAGUCGCUCGUAGUAGCACAGCCUGUGGCGUCGCCAGUGCUGACUGUGGGUGGCCAAACAGCGACGGCAAAUUCGGCAGGCCAGUUCGUGGUUGAGGGGAGCACACUUGGCAUCGGAUCUGUGGUGACCUUGGGCUCCGGUUCGAGCAAAACUACCGUGGGCCUGACGACGGAUGGCACUGGGCACACGGUCGCCGUGAUAAACGGGCAAAGCUCCACCCUCGCCCCUGGCAAGACGGGCGGGAUCGGAGACGCGAUCGCGUCUGGUCUUGGAUCGACGGGAAGCGGUGCGGAGCAGUUCACGGGAGCCGCACGCGAGCGAAGAAUUCCCUGGCUUGCGCUUGCUUUACCAAUUUUUUGCAUUGCUCGUGCGACGAUCGCGCUUAGCAAUGCACAGCAUUAGGUCCCGUAGAAUCAGACCAGGUCCUAACGAUCGGUGUCGAGUCAAAUGGCAUGGAAAAGACGUGGACUCUGCGAGUGAAUCGUAUCAAUUAUAAGUACAAAGGACGUCUAAUGUGCGCUCUCUCCGUACAUGAAGGGGUUGCUUGUGCUUUUAUGAUACGCAGAUGGCCGUGGCGAAAUCGCACCCGCGAAAGCCCUGCUUGGUCCUCUUGUAGAGGAGGAACCGUCCGACAUCCAAUGAUUGGGGCCCUGCAAU